AUCCAUGAGAAUAAAGCACUCAAGAUAAGGUGUCGGAAAAGGCUUGCAGCUCAUAUCAAAGAAGUAACCGGAUUAACGGUCGAACCAACCAAAGUCAGAUUAGUGACCAAACAGAGUGAUUGCUAUUCUUGGUGCUAUAUAACAGAAGUUGCACAUCUUUUUUCCAAAAAUCUGAGUGAUCAUGGAAUUGCAGCGUACAAAGAACUCUACGACGGGGUUGGACAGAGUUUUCAUACGGUCUCUUUUAUAGGGACGAGAAAUAAUCAUCAUUUAGGCGAUCCUCUGGGAAUUUCUCCGUCUCUAACACUGAAGGAUUUACCAAGCAGCAUUUUUAGUGUUGAUACAAUCCAGAAUCCACCGCUAAUAUGGAUGUCAAACGAGGCCACCGAGUGUCAGCAUCUACAAGAAGAGCUCAAGGUGACGAAAAAAGAGUGUGAACGGCUUACCCAAGAGCUGGAAGAGAAGUCAGAAAGGGCGACGAUGAACGAGAGACUCCUGUUUAAAUGCCUGGAGGCAUUUGGCCAGGUCGCAUCAUUGGUAGAGCAAGUGCAGCAAGAAUGU